AUGGCUGUUGUGGCUUCUUCCUCCGUCCCAGUUUACGAGCCAGCGGCCCAACUUGUCGCCUCUCCGUCAUUUGCUGUUGAUUUGAAUGACGGCGUCCACGACGAGGUAGGAUCCUUUGAUGUUCUGCCAAACGCUUUACACGGCGUUCCACCGGUUGGCGUCGGAGACGGAGAAUUGGGUGAUCCUGAUGAGGACGACGUUGAGCCCGAAACGAUUGAGGAUGAUAGCGGGGACGAGGUUCUAGCGGCUGGGCAUGCAUUGGCUGGCGGUGGUUCUAGCUCUGGCACACAUCAGUAUCCACCAUAUUUUUCUUCGCUGGACCUGGACGCCAUGACGCAUGAGGGUGCGCUAGGGCACCCUGUUGGAUUCGGAGCUAGAGAUGCGGAAGGGAAUGCUGGUCUCACAGAGUUCCAGCGCAAGGGCAUUUGGGAGGUCAAACGGUACAAUGGCCCUCACACUUGCCUGGCCACAUCCAUAUCAAGUGAUCACAGAAGUUUGGAUCAUUCUGUGAUUUCGGCGUUCAUUAUGCCAAUGGUUAGGGCUGACGCAUCGGUUAGCAUCAAGGUGCUCCUCAACGCCACGGCAGCGCAUUUUGGUUUUAGGCCGACUUACAGAAGGGUUUGGAUGGCGAAGCAGAAGGCCGUUGGCCUCAUCUACGGUGACUGGGAUGAGUCAUACAGCGAGAUACCUAGGUGGGUGUUGGGUGUCCAGCUGACGAUGCCUGGUACUGUUGCGGUCCUCAGGGGACACACUAGACGUAGAUGCCCACAGGUAGUAGGAUCGUCUCAGACAGGGCGAAAUUAG